CUGGGAGAUGUGGAGGCAGGAGUCAGCUGAGAGGAGCUCUUCGCUUUCUCUAUCGAUCUGUGAGUGGGUGUGUGAGGAUGUGAGACCCACAUGGUCUGGAGGCGCCCCCAAGUUUAGUCGUCAGCUGAACGUCAGGUUUUUCAGCAGAACACAAGGUGGCCAGUGUAGUUGACGUGAGAAGUGCCGCAGCACGAGCUCGUAAGAAAAACAAAAAAACCCCGUCGGUAUUUUAGGGCAUGAAAAACCCACCGGGAAGCACCAUGGCUGCUUCCCAGCUGCUGCUCCUGCUGUUGGCCGGCUGCGUGGCAGCAUCCGUGGGUCCUCCCCGGCAGCUCUCCCCGUGCCAGGUGGUCCAGCACGAUGUGUUCUGCAGCAAUCUGAGCCUCCGAGGUGCACCGCUCAACCUCCCUCACCCCGUCCAAAUGCUGGAUCUUUCACGAAAUAGGGUUCAAAACCUGACUCAGGAAACUCUGGCUUUCCACACCGGCUUCCACUACCUGAAUCUUCACUCAAACAAGAUUCACUUCAUCCAGCCCGGGCUUUUCAAAGACAUGACGGAUCUGAGAGUCCUGGACCUUUCCAAGAAUCACCUCAAUGUCGUUGCAAGCUCCAGAGUAAACGUCGGCCCUCUCACAGCUGUGGAGUCUCUCGACCUGUCGAGUAACGGGCUGAGCACGGAGAUGACGGACUAUUUCCUGGCCGAUUCGCCGUCGCUGACGAACCUUUCUCUGAACAGCAACAGCAUCACAAAAAUAGCUCAGAACACCUUUAGUGGAUCUUUGUCGCUGAGGAAAAUCAGCUUCCACAACAAUGUGAUCCUGGAGAUUGAAGAUGGAGCUUUUGAGCCCUUGGACAAUCUGACCGAGCUGGAUCUGUCCAAGAACUCAAUCAUGUGCAUCAAAGACUUUAAUCUGUACAACUUGGUGGUUUUAAAUCUCAACAAGAACAGUAUUGAUAAUUUUCAAAGCACACAGUCGAGCGGGCUGUUCAAGCUUCGCUCCCUGGAUCUGAGCGAAAACAAAAUGCUUUACUUCCCACUCCUCCCGGAGAUGAACACACUUGAAUAUCUGGACAUAUCACGGAACCACCUCCAGGCUGUCAAUGUCACAGGAAGCAAGGACGAGAGGAUGAUCAUUAAUCUGAGUUUCUUGAGAUUCUUGGACAUGAGCUACAACCAACUCCAAAGCGUACCAGAGUCCUUUUUCUACUGCAUGGGUUCACUGGAGGUCCUGAACAUGAGUAAGAACUGCAUCUCCUCCUUUUCUGUCACUAAUAAAGAAGUCCUGAGGAGAGUGAAGGUCAUCAACCUCAGCUAUAAUUACCUGCAGACUCUAACCUUUAAGGAAAACUCUCUGCAGUGUCUAGAAAAGCUCUUCUUACAAGGAAACGACCUCACAACUCUGGAUCACCAAAUAUUUCAAAGGCUCCCGAGCAUCAGAUGCCUGCAGCUCCAGGAGAACAACCUGAAAAUCUGUACUUCUGAGCAAAACCAACAGGAAGCGGUUGUGACCGGCCAGAACCACCUGCAGCUUCCUGGCUGCGUGUCAUUUACUUCUGUUAAGAACUUGCACUUCCUGAACAUCUCUGAAAACAAUCUGAGGACCCUGUGUGCAAAUGCGUUUGUGAAUACCUCUCUGAAGGUACUGGACCUGUCGUUCAACGCUGGUUUGGAGUUGCACGAUGGGUCCCUUUCUGGUCUUGAGCAUUCCCUGGUUCACAUUUUCCUGAAGGAAAAUAACAUUUCAAGUCUCAACACUGAGCUGUCCUCGCUGAGGAGCAUCAAACAUGUCGACUUGUCCGCCAACCAGCUGAGCAGGUUACCAAAGUUGCACAAAGACUCGUCCAUCGAAUCCUUAAACGUGCAGAACAACAACCUGGUCACGCUGGACCACCAAACCUUCCACGUGCUGGAGCACUCGCUGAAGACCCUCUACAUGGGCUCCAACCCUCUGAGCUGCUGCGACAGCAUUGGCUUCCUGCACAUGGUGAGGCACUCGAGGGUGGUCGUUCCCGACAUCGAAGCAGUGACCUGCGUCCACGACGAUUUCUCGGAACCCGUCAGCAUCGUGAACGUGACCAAGGAGAUGUGUCACCGACCAGAAGUCCCCAAAUAUGCCAGCUUUUUUGUGGUGCUGUUGAUAGUUGUCUUGGCCUGCCUCCUGGGGGCCGUGGUGUUCAAAUGUUGCCACCUAAGGAAACAAAAGCACAUGAGAUCUUUUAACGCUUAGAGUGAAAGAACGUUGCAGCUGAGACGCACGGGGACUGAAGUGUGAAUGUGCACUCUGGAGCCACGCUGAGCCGCCUGACGCCUCCAUUCUUGGAUUACUCCCGUGAGCAUCUACGGCCAGAUGGCAGCGACAGGAAAAUCACAAAAAAGAAGGUUUAGGAUUAGCCAAAAUGGACUGAUCCGUCUUUAAAGCCCUGGCUUUGUACAAUUUAAGAUAAUUUCAGUUCACACCUGCAAGCUUUUCACACACCUUCACAAUAUCUAGGAAGAGGUGCCCAAACCAACAACUGCAAGUAAAAGUAAAACGAACGUAGCAUCAUAAAAGUGUUUAGGUUCUGUUUUUUUUUUAAAUGGAGAGCAUCAACAUGUUGCUUGAAGGUCAACUUAUCUUGAGUUAUAGUGCCAAGGUAUCUUCACUGAUGCCGGACUGCAGGAGGACUCUGAAGUCCAAGUCUGCCACCUUCAGCGAGGACAUCGAGUCAUCAGCGUAUUUGAUGACUUCUUGAGCAACAUUAACUCGCAGUGAGGAUGGGAUAACGGUGUCCAUCCGAAGUUUGGGUGAACUGAAUGCACUUUUAAAUUACAGUUUUUAGUAGCAUCUGGUGAGAGUUUGAAGAAUGGGAUGAAGCAAAAUGUGACGUGGCUUUACAAAGCAAGUCCACGUUUUUAAGACUUAAACAUGAAAAACAAAUCCUGCUUUCACUGAGACUUGGAAAAAAAACACCAGAGGAAAACAAUAAAACCACUUCUUCAUCACCAGCUAACCUACAGUUGCACAGGUCGUCCAAGCACACACGCCUCACGCAAUUUAUUGAAUGUAGAAAAGAAGAAUACACACUAUAAUGCUUUCACGUGACAGCAAUGUAGCAUCAACACCUCUGACUGAAACACUCAACUGAAUGUUUGAGUUGUGCUCCUUCAGGUUUUAUUGUACAGACUAACUGAUAUUGGUCUUUUCAUGUUCAGAAUCACUAUGUUUACAUAAACUGCAGCAUUUGAAACUACGUCAGGGGUCGGCCUGAAGACAGGAAACUAAGGAUAGCAGCUGAAAUUAUCUUGUAAACACAGUAAUCAGAUUCCACUUGAAGGCAGUAAAUGUUCCCAGUUUCCUGUUUGCUUCAUGUCCUGAGCUCCCAGAUGUUUGGAUCCGUGGUUCCUACGGUCCUAUCGUUCCAGCGUCCUACGGCCUGAGAAGUUCCCAGGAUUAUGUGUUUCUGUGCUUCCAUAUCAUGAGGAUUACAAUUUUUUACGGUUAUAUAUAUUCCUAAUUAUUCAUUUUUUAAACAUCCCAGUAUUCAGAUGUUUUCUCGAUGCUAAAUUUCAUGCGUCCGCUGUUCCCAACAGGGCGUUUCUUUGUGCAUCAAGACUCCAACUUAAGCUUCGGCUUCAUGUUUUAUCAAUUUCACAGUUUUUGCCAUUUGUUUUAAAACGACUCCCAUCAUGAAGCAAAUACACACCUGCAGAACAUCUCCUCAGGCCCCCAGCAGGAGUUGUACCAACAUGUGGAUCCGCAAGACGAACACACUAGAACUGGUGAAC